AACGAUGGACGAGGGGAGCGAGGGCGACGACGCAUUGCCCACGGCCUCGCUCCUCGCCACCGACAUGGAGAUCGAAGGUACGAAGAAUGCGCCGGCAUCGCUGCCCCCGCGCAAGCGCCAUCUCAUCGGCCUCAAGAACAACGGGAUUAGCAACAGCAGCGCUCCAAUUGCGACUGGAAUUCUUCCUCCUCCUCCUCUCUCGCGCUCCCGGAUUUGCCCGGAUGGUCUCGUGGUUUUUCUCUCGGAGGGCGCGCUUCUGGAAGCCAUGGAGAAGAAGGAUCCUCUCGAGGCUUGCGUGAGGUGUGGAGACAGGGAAGGCAGCGGUGCCUGGCGGCGAGUGAAAGAUGGAGGGAUUUAUCAGUUCUUGUGUAGAGCGUGCACGCUUCUCUACAUGGGAUGCCCCCACUGCUUGGUGGUGUUCCAAGAAAAUGCCGGCAGUGGAGAAGAUUGGAUCGCUUGCUGCCGCUGCCAAAGAUCCGUGCACGCCCGCUGUGAGACGGAGGCGAAUCCAGCACCGCUGCCGCUGGAGCCGCCAACUUUCGUUUGCUGCGAGUGUAGGAGGGGUGAAGAACAGCCGAGUCUAAAGAAGCCGCGGGCGAUUGAUAUGAUCCAGGGGCACCAAGAACAGGAGCUCGAAAGAAGUCCCGAGGAUGUUCUUGCCGCUGCUCGAGACGCGGCGGCGCAGGCUCUCAAGGCGGCCGUCACUGCCAAGGCUGCUGCCGCUGCCAAGGCCGCGGCUGCCGUCAAGGCCGCCAUGCUCGCUAGGAACGCUCUCAACAACGCAGCGCUCGCGGCAAAAGAGGAUCUUUUGAUCGCCAAGAGCUUGGGCGAGGGUCCGGAUGAUCCAGAGGAAGGAAUGGAAGCUCCAGUUCUUCCUCCUCCUCCUCCAGCAGAGAAAGCCAAGACGGCCGAAGAGAUCGACGAGGAUUUUGCUCGUCAGCUUCACAGAGAGAUGAACAGCUCUACGAGGAACGCUCAACGAAAGAUCUAAAGAACAGCUCUCCAGAUUUUCCAUUCUUUGCGACUCGCGCGAAAGUUUUGGCUCCACGCAUGAAAAUCAUCUCAGGUCAUUCGAUCGGUCAUCACAAUUGUCUAUACACACACGAAAAGAAUCAAGGAGAUCGUUCUUUGUAUAAGAUUUUUUUGUAAAGAUAUUUG